UACAAGUGUAGCUGCAUCUAAAAAAAGAGAAAAAAUGGAAAACUGAGUUUUAUGUUGCCACUUGCAAAUAUAGCCAGCUCCACUCUUCUCAACGGCCGAUCGGAGUCGCCGGUUUUCUGAACCUGUCCGGCGGAAUAGUUAAACAAGCUUAAGAAUGGCAACCUAUUUGUGGAGAAAAUAUGCUGAUUACUUGCACACUAAGUGGGAGAAAGAAGUUCUUUGGACCAUGGUCGAUCCAUUCAAGCGCCCAAAAUCAUUUACUCCUCUUGUUACAAUCUACGUAUGUGCUUUCUAUACUGGGGUCAUUGGAGCUGCAAUCACCGAGCAACUUUACAAGGAAAAAUACUGGGAAGAUCAUCCUGGCGAGGCGGUACCGAUUAUGAGACCCAAAUUCUACGGUGGUCCUUGGAAGGUUUACAAAGGAACUGUUCUUCCACCCAACAAAUGAAAAAACAGAAAUUAAUGGACUUAAUAUGACGGAAGAGAAGUCUCGUGUUUGAAUCUGCUAUAAAUUUCCUACAUAUAUAAACGAUCUUGGUAUGUCUAUCUAACAUAAUUUGUACAAACAGUCGGUGACUACAUUCUAUUAUCUUUGCGGUCUGCGGAUAAUUUAAAAUAUAUAUUUGACUUCUAGAAUGAUUCCUAAGAGUA